AUGAUAUUACCUUGUUGUGAAACUGAUCCACCAGUAGCUGCCAAGGCUGAGGCUGGUAUUGUUCCUGUCCCAGUUGCAGCAAUUAUGGAAGGCUCUGCUUGCUAUAUAAGCAUUAUUGUGGUAUUAUUCAGCAGAUUUAGGUAUAAUAGGUACAAUAUGCAUUCUGAUAGAGGUUGGAUGUAUGCAAGACUAAAAGAUGGUCUACUAAAUCCUUUAUUCCUUGAAGGAUUAAAUGAAUUCAUAUCAGCUGCCAAACAGUUUCCAGACUGUUUGAAUGGAGAACUUAUUAGGUGUCCAUGUAAUCGAUUUAAGUGCCAAAAUCGCAGUUUUGAAGAUGAGAGUACAGUUAGGUUUCAUCUAAUGAAAUAUGGGUUUGUUAGGGACUAUUAUGUAUGGUAUUUGCAUGGAGAAAUGCAAACCUACAAUGAGGUCCACGGGAGAAGUAAUGAUUCGACUUACAACACUUGCAAUGUGGAAUAUCAACAUACUGAGUUCUCUAAUGCUUAUGAACAACUAGUUGUAGAUGCAGCAGGACCGAGUUUCUCCCCAUCAAUUAGUAAUGAGCCUCCAAAUCAAUCUACUCAGAGAUUGUAUGACAUGUUGGCCGCUGUUAAUCAGGAAUUGUGGCCAGGUUGUGAAAAUCAUUCACAACUGUCACCUGUGGCAAGGAUAUUGAAUAUCAAAUCUGAACAUCAUUUGUCCGAACGUUGUUUUGACAAUAUUUGCCAAUUCAUCAAAGAGAUUUUACCUACUGAUAAUUUGUUUACUGAUAAUUUCUACUCUACAAAGAAAUUGCUUGAAGGCUUGGGAUUACCAAUUCAGAAGAUUCAUACUUGCUUAAAUGGUUGUAUGAUUUAUUGGGGUGAGGAUAAUGAAUUGCUCAGGUACAAGGUGUGUGAUCAUCCGAGGUACAAACGAUUGCAAGUUAGCCAGAGCUCUAGUAAAACCCAAGUUGCUUAUAGUAAAAUGUAUUACAUGCCAAUCACACCUAGACUACAAAGGUUGUAUGCAUCUAAUGCUACAGCUAAGGAUAUGACUUGGCAUGCCAAUCAUGGGACUAAUGAUGAUUUAAUGCAUCAUCCAGCUGAUUCGCAUGCAUGGAAAGCUUUUGAUAAUAAUUGGCCUCAUUUCAGUGCUGAGAAACGUAAUGUCCGUCUUGGACUGUGUACCGAUGGUUUUCAACCCUUUGGACAAUCUGGGCCUAGAAAUCCAAAAGAUAAGUUGGAUGUGUAUUUGCAACCCCUAGUAACUGAGUUGAAAGAUUUAUGGGAGAAUGGAGUUGAAACAUAUGAUGCAUUCAAUAAAGAAAAUUUCAACUUGCGAGCUGCUUUAAUGUGGACUAUAAGUGAUUUUCCUGCUUAUGCAAUGUUAUCUGGAUGGAGCACUGCAGGACGGACUGCUUGUCCUUAUUGCAUGGAAGAUAGUGAUGCAUUCACAUUGACAAGAGAAGGUAAGCAAUCAUGGUUUGAUAAUCAUCGCAAAUUUUUACCUCCUAGCCAUUCUUUUAGAAGAAACAAAACAGCUUUUAGGAAGAAUGUAUCUGUUACUAAGAAAGUUAAACCACCUAUUUCCGGUGAAGAAAUACUGAAACAGAUUAAUGAAUUGGGGUUUAAGAGGGUUAUAGAUGAGGAUGCAUUUGAAAUAAAUUCUCGUCUAUCAAAGCAAUGCGGUUGGCGAAAAAGAAGCAUCUUGUGGGAUUUACCGUAUUGGAAAAGUAAUUUGAUUCGACACAAUCUUGAUGUAAUGCACAUUGAGAAAAAUUUUUUUGAAAAUAUAAUCAACACUGUAAUGAGUGUUGAGGGAAAGACAAAGGAUAAUGCCAAGUCAAGGGCAGACCUAAAUGUGAUCUGUGAUCGGCCAGAGUUGGAAAUGGAUCAAGUCACUGGGAGAUAUCCCAAAGCUUGUUAUACUCUAGAUAAGCAAAGUAAGCAAGUAUUAUGUGAUUGGUUGAAAAAUCUCAAGUUUCCCGAUGGAUAUGUUUCCAAUAUGGGACGAUGUAUUGAUAUGAAGAAGCUGAAGAUGUUUGGUAUGAAGAGUCAUGAUUGUCAUGUCUUCAUGCAGCGGAUUAUGCCAAUUGCAUUUCGUGAGUUGCUUCUGUCAAAUGUGUGGCAGCCCUUAACAGAGUUGAGUAAUUUUUUUAAGGAGUUAACAUCUACCACUAUAAGUGAGAGUGAUAUGUUGCGGUUGCAUGGUGAAAUUCCUUUAAUCAUAUGCAAGCUUGAGCGUGUUUUCCCUCCAAGCUUCUUUGAUUGUAUGGAACACCUCCCUGUCCAUCUAGCGUAUGAAGCAUGGCUGGCAGGUCCAGUGCAAUAUCGAUGGAUGUAUCCUUUUGAACGAUAUCUGCGACGGCUUAAGAAUAAUGUCAGAAAUAAAGCUAGAGUCGAGGGAUCAAUAUGUAAUGCGUACCUAGUAGAAGAAGUAACUUCAUUUUGUGCACAUUACUUUGAAUCGUAUGUCCAAACUAGACAUCGAAAAGUGCCAAGGAAUGUUGAUAUUUCAGAAAGUACUGAAAAUUAUGAAGGCAAUCUAUCAAUCUUUAUGCAGUCCGGUCGACCAAUAGAAAAAGGGACAACCAGAUAUCUUAUGGAGGAUGAGUAUAAAGCAGCACAAGUCAUUUACAUCGAUCAAUUGCGCUCAAAUGAUCCGUUGGUCAAUGAUUCUCAGAUUGACGUCAAAUUGGAGAGUGAAUUCUCUAUAUGGUUCAACAAUUUUGCUCAUGAUUCGUGCAAUAACAUAUCCAAUAAGUUUAUCAUAUCGCUUGCAAUGGGUCCAUUACGAAGUGUGACAUCAUACAAUGGAUAUAUGGUGAAUGGAUAUAAGUUUCAAUCGAAGUCAUACUGUGCAAGUAGAGCAACAAUGAACAGUGGGGUGUGUAUUAAGGGGUCAAAUUACAGCAGCGAAGAAAGCGAUUACUAUGGACAAUUGCUUGAAGUUAUACGUUUGGAGUAUCCAGGUCUUCCAAUCAAGCGAGUUGCACAAAGAUCCAUAGUAAAUAUAAACUUGUCGAUGUGA